CCGCGCAGCGCCAGGCCAUGCGGCGCCUGCUCACACUCAAUAACGUGUCUAAGCUCACGCAGGAGGACGCCGUGAGAUUUGAAGACAUCCUAUCGCUGGUUUUCGCUGACGUUCCGAAAGAAGAACAAAAUGAAGAUCCCAUUUGCAGCGCCCUUGAAACUUCAUUUGAAACUUUGCAUUUGAUCAACAACAAAUCACAGAUUCAAAAAUGUACAGAAAUAUACGAACAACUGCAACAAAGAAUGGGGGUUGUAAUCGUCGGUCCUCCCGGCUCAGGAAAAACCACGAUUAGGCGUCUACUCAAAUCGGCACUUACAAGUCAAGGCAAAAACAUAGUGGAAUACGUGAUUUGCCCGAAAGCAAUGAGUCGCAACUCCCUGCUAGGCCACAUCGACCACGACACCCGCCAGUGGACCGAUGGCGUCAUAUCCUCCACUGCUCUUGAAGUCUCUAACCAGCCUUCAGAUAUUUGGUCAUGGGUGGUGUGCGACGGGGACAUCGACCCCGAGUGGAUAGAAGCACUGAACUCUGUGUUAGAUGACAACCGUCUGCUCACGCUGCCUUCCGGCUGGCGCAUACAAUUCGGCUCCAACGUCAACUUCAUAUUUGAGACGCACAGCUUGGAGCACGCGUCGCCGGCGACCGUGUCGCGAAUGGGGAUCAUAUUGUUGAAUGAAGAAAGCAGUUGCGCCCAAGAAGUGCUGGAUAAUUGGAUGCGCAAGAUCGAACUUGAGAAUGACGCAUCAAAAGUUGGAGCACCUCUUCUCCAACGAGCUAUCAAGAAAUGUUUGGAAUGGUUCCGCGCUAAUCAAUCUAAUGUUCUUGUUAAAAGUUACGAUUUCUCUUUGGUAAAACAAAUAAUAACUCAGUUCGAAUACAUUGCCCAAAAUAUGGGACCGAAUAUUAAUUCCAGCAUUCCAGAAGACAUUGCGUAUUUUGCGAUCGAAAGAAGUGUGAUGGGCAUAAUUAAAGAAAACUCUAUUGACAGUUUUCAUCAAGAGCUUUCAGACACGUUAGGCACCCCGCCCACUAGUGCAGUGUCUCCGGAGGAGUGGGUAUCAGAAAAUUUGUAUCUAUCGAGGCGGCUGGCGGACCGCGAGCCGGCAGUGCGAGCCUGUGCGCUGUCGCAAGACUCCCAUCUACUACUCAUAGGCCCUGAUGCCUCAGCUAAGAGUGCACUAAUCGAAUAUGUAGUAAAAGAAACGAACCUCACUGCGAUAACGAUUGACUGUACACCAUUACUAGAGCCAGGGGACAUUAUUGCUGAAUUAAAAAGGAAUAAUGCGGUUCGUUCGGGUGGUGGUUACAGCGGGGGUGAUUCUGGUGGUGGCCGAUUGGCGCUGGUGGUUCGCUCGCUCGACCGCGCUUCCAGCGACUCAUGGCGCUGCAGUGCUGUGCACCAGUUCCUAUUGCAGUUAAUCCAACAUGGUGGGUUCUGGAGCCGCGGCGGCGACGAAGGCGGUGCGACAUGGUGCCGUGUAGCGCGCCUUCAACUGCUGGCCACUGCCGCUGCGCCACCCGCCUCGCCGCGCCUUGCCGCUGCGCUCGCGCAUGUCGCAGUACCGGAACCCGAUGACGAAGAGUUAUUGGAGUUAAUCAAAAACUAUUUGAAGCAGAACGUAGACAAAAAUGUCUCAGAAAAAGACGUUGCAGAUAUUGCUACGAAUAUGCUCGCAAUGUUUAAAGAGGUGACAGAAACAUUUUACUCGCAAACCCACUAUAAGUGGAAUGCCGAUCAUUUGAGGCAGUGGUGUGAAAAUGUCAGGUGGUACUCACCAGCGAAUUCUACGGAUCUUAUUAUGGGUAUUCAAGAGGAAGCAAAUUCUAUAUUCAGGGAUAGAUUAGUUACCGAUGAAGAGAAAGGCAGAUAUAACGCUAUAUCCAGAAACUUCUUAAAAACGAAUACAAAAGAUACGAUUUACUUUGCACCAAAAUUGAAAGCUGAUGGUAUUUACAUGGAAGCCAUGGAGUACAAUGAUUGGUAUCAAAGGACACAGAAGUUAAUAAAUCAGUGUUUGUCAGAAAACGAGAAUGUGUUUGGAGAUUCUGGCGCAGAAGUUUGUGCGGAAAUUGGCACCUUGUGCUCUUCUAUGGCUCGAGCUUGUCGUGGCGGGAUAGGUCUGAGCGUAAUCGUGGGAAGUGCGGGCGUAGGCCGCCGCGCCGCCGCGCAUCUCACCGCCGCUCAGCUGCCGGCAACUCUAGCUAUCAUCACGCAUCAGCAGCACUUCUACUCGCACAUGAAGAACGCCUUAAACUCAGCGGGCGAAGGCACCCGCACUCUGGUACUGAUUUGCGAAUCAGCUGCGGAAGCUUCCCAGUUGUCGAGCAUAGAGGCGCUGCACGCCGCCGCCUCGGUCCACGCCGUGCCCGCGCGUAUGAUGCCCGCGCAGAACUCGCCGCAUAUGCUGCAAAAUAUAAAGCAGAACUUAGGAAUAGUAAUCUGCCUAGAUAAAGACCAGGAAAACGUGUGGGAACUGAUCGACAAAUACCCUCUGCUAUACAACUCUGGUCACGUGGUGUGGCUCGAGCGUUGGUCCGAUGACACGCUGCGCCAGAUGCCGACUCUCGUCAUACAAAGAUUAGUUAAAGAGAGCAUAACUGAAGUAUCUAAAGAGGAGCUUCAAACUAUACCCACGGAGGGCUUUGUCAAAAUAUACGAGAGCCUGGAGGCGAAUUGGUUGCGCGCGCCGUGUCGUUACAUCAACUUCAUCAAGACGUACUUCAAUUUGGUGAACAGGAAAAAGCAGGCUUUAACUCAGAGACAGAACAUGCUAUCGGCCGGCGUAGAAGCGCUACGCAAAGCGCGCAGCGAGGUAGCGACCUUACAAGCCGAAGCGGCUGAGCAAAAAGCCGCAUUGGCUGAGAAGCAAGAGAGCGCAAACCGCGCGCUUGAGCAGAUCGCCGCCACCGUCCGCGCCAACACCGAUCAGCGGGAGGAGAUGCACGCGCUCAAGAACAAUAUUGAGACUGAGAAUGAGAAGCUACAGAUACGAAAGAAAGAGAUCGAGACUGAACUAGCUUCAGUAGAACCAGUGAUCGCUGCUGCCCGGGCGGCUGUGGGAGAUAUACGCCCUGAAUCUCUGAGCGAGAUACGAUCGUUGCGAGCUCCGCCAGAUGUCGUACGGGACGUGCUGGAAGGAGUGCUCCGGCUUAUGGGUAUUGCCGACACUUCUUGGCAUUCUAUGAAAAAUUUCCUAUCGAAACGCGGAGUCAAAGAAGACAUUAGGUGCAUGGACGCGAGUCAGAUUAGUCCCGAGGCGGCGGAAUCUGUGGAGAAGCUGUUGAAAACCCGCGGCAGCUCGUUCGAGCCGGCCACGGCCAAGCGUGCGAGCGCGGCGUGCGCUCCCCUGGCCGCCUGGGUGCGCGCCAACUUGGCCUACGCCGCCGCCGCCGCGCGCGUGCGCCCGCUGCAGGCUCAGCAGGCGCGCCUGCACAAGAAUCUUGUCGCCGCCGAGGAGCAGCUGCACGCUUUAUCCAGCGGACUGGCCACAGUAGAGGAGCGCGUAGCAGCGCUGCAGCAGCAACUGGGCCAGCAUUCGCGAGACGCGGCCGCGCUAGAGCUGUCCCUUUCAAAUGCUACUAGCACCAUCGCCGCCGCCACCGCGCUCAUCGCCACGCUGGCACAAGAGUACGACGCGUGGGAGACUGACCUGGAAAAUAUAUCGAAAGAAAUAGUACAACUGAAUUCUCGCUCACUCCUAGCUGCUGCUUAUGUAGUCUACUUGCCUGAUGUAACUGAACAGCAAGCAAGGCAACAAUUAAAGAAAUGGGGUUCACUAAUCGGUUUCGAUGAUGAGUCUUUCUCAGUCCUCAAUUUCCUUUCGACGCCAGAGAAGCAACUGAAAUGGGAGGCGGAUGGCCUGCCAUCAGACUCGUCUGCUAUCAAGAAUGCCGUGCUCAUUGAUCAGGUUCUGCAAGCUCAGCGAUGCGGCCUGACUCCGCUCGUUAUCGACCCGGAUGGUGAGGCGAUCGCUUGGUUGAAAAACACGCUAGCUGAAUCGCAGUGCGAUUUCGUUUCGCAGCAUAGUGAAAAAUUACUCACUACCGUACAGUACGCUGUCAGGCUCGGACGCACGCUAGUGAUCACGGACGUGGACGGGAUACACCAAAGCUGGGCGCCGCUGCUGCUGGGCGGCGGCGGGCUGCUGCUGGUGUCUGUGGGGGCGCGCCUGCCGCCGCCGCACGCCGCGCGCCUGUCCCCGCUGCCCUUCACCGCGCGGCUCGAGGCGCUCACAGGUACCCGCGGCUCCCAGGCUCGGGCGCGCAGCAGGGCUGGGCGGGCUGCUGCUGGUGUCUGUGGGGGCGCGCCUGCCGCCGCCGCACGCCGCGCGCCUGUCCCCGCUGCCCUUCACCGCGCGGCUCGAGGCGCUCACAGGUACCCGCGGCUCCCAGGCUCGGGCGCGCAGCAGGGCUGGGCGGGCUGCUGCUGGUGUCUGUGGGGGCGCGCCUGCCGCCGCCGCACGCCGCGCGCCUGUCCCCGCUGCCCUUCACCGCGCGGCUCGAGGCGCUCACAGGUACCCGCGGCUCCCAGGCUCGGGCGCGCAGCAGGGCUGGGCGGGCUGCUGCUGGUGUCUGUGGGGGCGCGCCUGCCGCCGCCGCACGCCGCGCGCCUGUCCCCGCUGCCCUUCACCGCGCGGCUCGAGGCGCUCACAGAUCAAUUGGUGUUCUACGCUCUGCAGCGAUUGAAUCCAGAAGUUAAUGAAAAAUCUAAAGAGAUAAAGCUGAAAAAAGCUACUCUUCAAAAGCAGCAAUAUGAGUUACAGGAAAAUCUCCUACGAGAUCUGUCGAAAAACAACGACAUUCUACACGACGCGAACCUACUCGCUUCGCUGAACAAAACGCGCGAGACGGUCGCCACCAUAGCCGAAGCGCUGGCGGCGGCGCACGCUAUCUCUGCUAGCACUCGAGCUGCCUGUGACACCUACAGGCCAAGCGCCGCUCGCGUCGCGUCUCUCGCGCUGGCAGUAAAGAGGUUGGCGGUGCACCGCCCACUCCUGGCGCUGCCAGUCGACGUGGUAUUGGAAGUUUAUGUCGACGCUCUACGCAGAGGGGAUCCUAACAAAAUUGAUAAUGACGAAGUGAUCAAAUUCAUAACUAGAAGAAUUAUAGAAAGAGUUCUACUAGGACUUCAUAAGAAGGAUAAAUAUAUUAUUGUCUUGCAUAUAUUGAAGCAAGUUUAUUCCGAAGCUAUGCCAGACAAGCUUUGGCAACUAUUUCUUGGUAAUGUGAUUGGAAAUGAUGAACAAAGGAACAUAGAUGAAAUCAAGAAAAUGUACUCGUGGAUACCAACCGAUCGGAUCAAUAGAAUUGUUCAGUUGAAGACUGUCGACGAAGACCUUUUCAACAAGCUGUCGUUGCAAAAGUCUGAUCUAUGGACUGAGUUCUUAUCGUCCGGCGAUCUCAACGUGGUCUCUCGCUUGCGACUGAGUUCAUUCGAAGCCGUGGUGGCCAUUGCUGCUUUGCGACCUGACACUUUGUACAGGGCCAUUAUUGCGUUCGUUGAUGAACUGUUGGGUAAGGACUCUUAAUUUUACUUCUGCCUAUCGUUGGCCUAUGGUCGGUAAACUUAAGCCAGUUUACCUAUUAUAGGUUAUGAGUGGGUCACUUUAGUAGUAGACCACUGUAAAGGAUCACACUAACAAAUUGUUCGCAUUGACCCAACAUGACUAUGAACGUUGCCUUAUCUUAGCUCCAUUUUGAUAUCUCCGUAUUAGAUAUGUGCACAUUUUGAUAUUUACGAGUAC